UCUUCGCGUCUAAAAUGUUUGCUGCAUGGUUGAGUAUAAAUAUGACGCCGAUUUCAUCAUUCCUACUCGAGCAGUCCUCACGCAGCCAGCGAUCAAGUAUGGUCGCAGACGAAUCGUUCCUCUCGUUAAUGUCUUACUGUUGUUCACAAAGUUCAAAAUUGCUCACCAACCAACGUGUCAAUAUAGGAAUUCUGUCACAACUACGCCAAUUUCAUUAACGUGAAAGUGACCCAAAAGAGGAAGAGGUGUGUCAGUUCGUCCAGUGUUAUACAUAAUUGUGACCAGUCUCUAUUAAGUGGAACAGUGACGUGUAGCGGAAGUAUCUGAUAGAAACGACCAAGUCGAUUGGAAAAUAAUUUGAAAAUGGUGUGGUGGACAGUAAUCGCGCUCCUAGUGGCCGUGUUCACGCUAGCCUACUAUCUUCUAGCUCGAAACGCGGAUUAUUUCGAGAAACGCAACAUUCCUUGCCUCAAAGUGAACCCGUUGAUGGGAAGCAUUUGGAAGGCAGUGCUUCAGCAAUCCACGUUCGCCGAUAUCGUUAAAGAAGCGUACAACGUUCAUCCUGAGGCGAAGUAUGUCGGGUUCUUCGACUUCUCCAUGCCGGUGAUCAUGCUCAAGGACCUGGACCUGAUCAAGUCGAUCACCGUGAAGAACUUCGAGCACUUUCCCGACCACAGGAACCUGCAGAACGAGGAUACGGAACCAAUGUUCAACAAAAACUUGUUCGCCCUUCGCGGUGAAAGGUGGAAGGAAGUGCGGAACUUACUGAGCCCAGCCUUCACGUCUAGCAAGAUGAAGAUGAUGUACGUGUUAAUGCGCGACUGUGCCAAGGAAUAUGGAAAUUAUCUGGCUAAUCUGAAGGAAGAGGAGUCC